AUGAAAUUCAAUCUACAGCUUGCUUUGUUGACUCUCAUCAGCGCUGCUUCUACUGCAGACGCCCUGUCCUUUCCGGCCACCGCAGGAUUGGUCGAUCUGAGUGAUAAUGCUCAGCGCGACGUUUCUACCAUGGCUCAAUGGGCCGAAGGAUAUGGUGCGCAAAAAGCUGAUGGCUUUGAGAUCACCUCUUAUGAUGGUCAAGAUUAUUUGGCCGUCACACAACAAAACUUGCCCGCUGGAUCUCCUGUCUUGUACAUUCCCAGCGAUUUGGUAUUUUCCUCCAACAAGGCUGCCGCAGAAUUUGGCGGUGCAUUGGGCGAAGCCGAACAGCAAUUGGCAGUGGCCAAUUUGCAAGACUUCAUUCCACUCUUUCGUGUAUUUGUCAAGGUCUUGAUCGAAUACGAAAAGGGUGCUGAAAGUCCUUGGUUUCCCUGGUUGAACUCUCUUCCCCGCCAGUACUACAAUGGAGCUUCCAUGACAUCAGCCUGUUUUGAUUGUCUUCCACCAUAUGCUGCCUGGUUGGCAUUGACGGAACGUAUCAAUCUUACCAACUUUAAAAAGGCUUCCAAAUUCUUGCCCCUUUCCAACCAAGCCAUUGCCAACGACGAUAGCAUUCUGACAUGGGCUUACAAUGUCGCCGUCACUCGAUCCAUUGAAUGGAACGGUGAACGUUUGAUUGCUCCCAUGGCUGACUUUUUCAACCACGGUGCCGAAACGGAAGUGGACAUCAGUUAUGACGCUGAUGGUAACUGCAUGGUAUACUCGUCUCGUGAUGUUCCGGCUGGAUCGCCAUUGCGCGUUUCGUUGGGAGACCCCACCAACCCCAGUCCACUCUUUGCUACCUAUGGAUUCUUGGAUGAGUCAUCGACCGCUACCUUUUGCAAGUUGAUGCACAUGAUGGACGAGAUGCAACAACUCGGGUACAGCUUUUCCGAUUUGCUAUUCUUUAAGGAAACUGGCGAAAUCUCGGCCCCAGUGUACGAUGUGGUCUUAUACUAUGUUUUGCUCCAGAACGAUCCUGGCACUGCCCAAGGCUUUCUCCAAGCCGUCACUAGUGGAGAUGAAGCGACCAAAAAUCAAUUCCAUGAGCAAUACUUUGCCUACACCAAGGAAGAAUUGCAAAAGCAUGUCGAUUCCACUCUUGCGGAUUUGGAUCGCCUUUCGACGAUCGCCCGAUCCUACGAUGUUCGUACGCAUCCUCGAGUUCCUGUCAUUUUGCAACACAAUGCUUUUGUCAAGGAAACUUUCCUCAAGGUCAAGCAAACCCUAGAUAACAUGUAA